CUAAAAAAUCACUGUCAUUAAUGUUCAAACUGUCUUAUAUCUGUGUGCUUUCCUGUCAGCAGUUCUAUGGAAUUCCAGUCUUAAAAGUGGAAGAAGAAGAAGAAUAGGAACACUAAUGAUUACCAUAGGUGCCUUAGCAGUUUCGGUGCUUGGCCCCUAAGAAAGUUGAGGUGUGUGUCGAUGGACUUGAUCAGAGCAGUUUUCUUAAGUCUAGAACUGGAUAAAGACUAGUUCAUGAAACUCCAACAAACAUCAGCGAACUUGCAAUUGUAGAAGAAAAACCUUCAGUGGCUCUCUGACCCGGCCUUGAGCGUGCUUGUCAAUUUUUGUGGGCCUUUAGAGAUAGAGGGUGGAAAAUGAAAGUGUUGCUGUGUUUACAGCCGGUUUACCUUCAUGGAUUAUCGAGCCUCUCUGACCCCAAUCUGCCUGUAACUCAAUUCCUCUAAAUUGCAGUGCCUCGCUGUAAUCUCAUUAAUCUGGACGCAUGGGGUUCAUAUAAGAGGGACGCUCGAGUCCCGGGCAGCAGAUCUCUUGCUUGCUCUCAGGGACUUCAUUUGCUUUCCAACUUCGUCCAUCUGCUUUCUCCGUUUUGACUCUCGACCAGUGAACCAAAUAUGAAUGGAACGGAAGGUCCGAAUUUCUACGUGCCGAUGUCCAACAAGACCGGUUUGGUUCGCAGCCCGUUUGAGGAGCCGCAGUACUACUUAGCGGAGCCGUGGAAGUACUCGCUGCUGGCCGCAUACAUGCUCUUCCUCAUCGCCACCUCAUUCCCCGUCAACUUCCUCACGCUCUAUGUCACGGUGCAGCACAAGAAGCUCCGCACACCCCUCAACUUCAUCCUACUCAAUCUGGCCGUGGCCGACCUGUUCAUGGUGGUGGGCGGCUUCACCGUCACGCUCUACACGGCCCUGAAUGGGUACUUCGUCCUCGGGGUCACGGGUUGCAACAUCGAAGGCUUUUUCGCCACCCUGGGUGGUGAGAUCGCGCUGUGGUCUCUGGUGGUCUUGGCUAUCGAGCGCUACAUUGUGGUGUGUAAGCCAAUGACCACGUUUCGUUUCAGUGAGAAGCACGCCAUCAUAGGAGUGGGCUUCACCUGGGUCAUGGCCCUCACCUGCGCCAUGCCGCCCCUGCUGGGAUGGUCCAGGUAUAUUCCGGAGGGAAUGCAGUGCUCCUGCGGAAUAGAUUACUACACUCCCAAACCUGAAGUCAACAACACCUCGUUUGUCAUCUACAUGUUCGUCCUGCAUUUCUCCAUCCCACUGCUGAUCAUCUUCUUCUGCUACAGUCGUCUGCUCUGCACUGUCCGCGCGGCUGCUGCUCAGCAGCAGGAAUCAGAGACGACCCAGCGGGCUGAGCGGGAAGUGACGCGUAUGGUGGUUGUCAUGGUGAUUGCGUUCCUAGUGUGCUGGGUGCCAUAUGCCAGUGUGGCCUGGUACAUCUUUGCUAAUCAAGGGGCUGAAUUUGGUCCUGUCGCCAUGACAGUACCAGCUUUCUUUGCUAAGAGUGCAGCGCUCUACAACCCGGUCAUCUACAUCAUACUCAACAGACAGUUCAGGAACUGCAUGCUCACUACGGUCUGCUGUGGAAAGAACCCGUUUGGUGAGGAGGAGACCAGCAUGACGGUCUCCAGUAAGACCCAGUCCUCGGUGGUCUCGUCCGCUCAAGUGGCUCCCGCCUGAACAUCCGAACGGCUCACAACUGGACCAGUCCGGCUCGCGGCCUCCUACAGGCCAAAUACAGCUCUCCAAGUCGACUUGGCUUCCAUCUGCUACAUCAACAACUUAUUCUGCCUUUGUAUCUUACAAAACUGGCCAAUCAGAUCUCUAUAAUACUGCUGUAUGUUUUGAACUGUGUGCGAUUUAUAUGGAAAAUCCUUGGAAUGUGUUUAGUAAUGUGAUGGCAUUUCAAUGUCCGUUCCAUUAGCUUCGGCUUCACCGCUGUUUGUUGAUUCUCCGGGUAUUAGAUGAAUAUGUAGCUAUGAUUUUGUAAAUUUUGACUAUUGUAGGCUUAUUUUUUGAACCCAAGAAGUGAGACUGAGCGCUGGAGCCACAAGAGACCUCAGGAGAUACGCUAACAAAACAAUUCUGUGAACGUUUAGAUGUAAAUGUUGUUAAGUUUGAAUAUGUGUGAAGAUAUGAAUUUGCCUGCAAAUUAAAAAUAUAGAGGCAAAGAAGAAAUAAAAGCUCAUGUGAAACAAAAAAGUCUACUUGGGCUGCUAAAAUGCUGUGGUGCUUGGAAACAUGACAAAAAAAAACUAAGCCUGUAACACAAUGUUUUAGUAAAGUUCAUCUUUACUGAUAAAAUUUCCCUCUUUCUCCAAAAAAAAAAAAAAAAAAAAUUAAACAUUUCCAGCAGAAUAUCUACAGAAGAAUGCACACAUUUUGGUUUGGACCCAUCCAAGAAUGAUCCAAAUCCUUCAAAAAAAAUAAUAAUUAAUACAAAUGCAACAG